UCCAAGCUCGGCUGCACGCUCCUGAGCAACAGAGUUCCGUCUUCUCGCUUAGAGAAACGCGUGGGUCUGUCAUCCACCCCCCGCCUCCGGGAAGUGAAGAGAAAGGGCAACAAGAGGCUCUGGAAUUCUAUACAGGCCGAGCUUCGGACACCUAAGAUGACGCAAUCGCUCUGUGAACGGGGCGGGGCUCUACGAGGACCACAUCCUGAAGAGAACGCCUGAGCGGAAGCCGUCAAUAGUGUAGUCGGCUGCCCCAGGUACGGGCCUUUAGAUGAGGCCAAGGAUCAAAGAGAGAAAGUGACCAACCUAAAGUCCCAGAAUAAUUGGUAGAGCUGAAUAAGAAUCCAAGCCUGUAACUGCAGAGACUAGAGAUCUAUUAGACUGUUGGAAAGCAGAGCUAAGAUUUUUGCAAAUUAUCUUGUGGUGGGGGGAAUGCCUAAAGUCAAAAGAAGCCGGAAAGCCCCCCCAGAUGGCUGGGAGUUGAUUGAGCCAACACUGGAUGAAUUAGAUCAAAAGAUGAGAGAAGCUGAACCAGAACCUCAUGAGGUAAAGAGGAAAGUGGAAUCUCUGUGGCCCAUUUUCAGGAUCCAUCACCAGAAAACCCGUUAUAUCUUUGACCUCUUUUACAAGCGGAAAGCGAUAAGCAGAGAAUUAUAUGAAUACUGUAUCAAAGAAGGCUAUGCAGACAAAAAUCUGAUUGCAAAAUGGAAAAAGCAAGGCUAUGAAAACCUGUGCUGCCUGCGGUGCAUUCAAACACGGGACACCAAUUUUGGGACAAACUGCAUUUGCCGGGUUCCCAAAAGCAAACUGGAAGUGGGCCGCAUCAUCGAAUGCACACACUGUGGCUGCCAUGGUUGCUCUGGCUGAGACUGUCCGGCCCGGACCCUUCUCCACCCUGAACUUUGGACUUUGCAGGUUCCUACCUGUCAUGCCACCUUUUUUCCUGGGAGCAGUUCUCACUAAGCAGUGCCCAGGCCUGAGUUGGAGCAUGGUCUCUACAGGUGAAAGCUUUGAUGUUCAUCAGGUGUGAUUUGUAGAAAUAAAACCUUUAAACUCUUA